UCGACAGGAGACUACGGUUUGCAAUCUUCAGGUGUUUCACUUUCACCACAGUUUAGAAGACCGGAAGCUGCGACUUGUUAUAAUAAAAUUAUUUUACUUGGACAAUGGUCCAACGUUUCACCUAAAAUACAACUGAUGCGAUAAUCUUGCCAUUCAACGCUCUCUAAAUCUUUGGGCAAAAUUUGAAGGCCAAGACAACUCUGCACUUCAGAUUGAACUCCCUCAUUCCCUCACUCUCUUUCUCACACACUCGCAUCGCUCUCUUGCUGCAACGAUCUGCAACCGCAGCUCUAUCAACUCUCUCAACACCAACAACACACUAAAACUUCCUCCAGGUUCAGGUCCUUCAUUCGUGUGACAGCAAAAUCCUGCGACCAAAAAACGCACAAUGAAAAACGACGUCGUACGAUGGAGUUCAACACCAACAAAUGCACGAAGAGCCGAGUAUGAGAGCACGAUCGAGAACGGUGCUGCUGGUGGAAUCACAAAUGCGGCUCUGAAAAGCAGUGGACGACUGUUGAGUAGGCAGCAGAUACAAUUUCAUACGCAACAACAACAACAACAGCAGCAAUAUUGUGAUACUAAUAAUGCAAGUUUUCUUAAUGCCACACCAACGGCAGCAACAACAAAAAGAACAAAUAGUUUUUUAGUGAAUUCCCGUUAUCAUAGCAUUAGUAAAAGCAAAAACAACAACAACAAUGCGAUCAAACCUAAAACGGCAUUCGUGUCAAUCGCCAACAACACACCGUUGCUGAGUAGACAUUUGCAACUGCAACAACAAGUGAAACCGCCGCGGACAUUUACGCCAUUCGCGGCUUUCGCAUUGCAUUUAAAUAGGAUUUUAUUGAAUUGUUUGCAAUUGAAUGUGAUUUUAGUGUUUUUGUUGUUGUUGUGCACGUUAAAUGUCGGUUUUGUGACUGUGCCGUACGCCAACGCCGCCAUUGUUGCCAGCAAUGCAAGCCUAUCAGCGGUGGCGGCCGCGGUGAAUGCCAUCGAUGACGGCGUGGUCUACCAGCUGGACUACGAGGAGGCGGGCGACAACAGUGGGGGCGAUGGCGACAGUGCGAGGCAUUUUACCCACACCUGGGCGGUGCAUAUACCGAGUGGCGGCAGUGGCGUGGCCGAUCAAGUGGCCAAGGAUCAUGGUUUCGUCAAUAUGGGCAAGGUAUGUCUCUUUUAUGAAGUCACCUACAGUACAUAUUCACAUGCGAGGAAAUAGUGUAAGUAGGAAUGAGGCUCGAAGAGUAAGUCACAAUAAACUUGCUUUUGAUCAAGAAUAUUUGUUUGGAUUUAUAUAACUAAAAUAAUGGAGAAAAAUGACACUCAAAUGAGAUUUGGAUACAAAUUUCUUGCCCUAAAUCUUUUCAAAUCGAUGCCAGCAAGGAAAGGAGCAUUUGAUAUACAGCGAAUUUAAUAUGAAAUUGAAUAUUUGGCCGGGUGUAGAUUCUCUCUUUAUCAAACUUUCAAAAAAUCUCACACAUUUACCUCCUCGUGUAAGGAAUUUCGAAAUGCAAAUAUCUCCGCAGAAGGUCGCAUAACAUUUUCCUUAAAAGCAUUCGCAGCUAUCAACUGAAUCGACAGCGCAUCUGAAAGCUUUCAGGCGGUGAAACUUCAUUUUGGGCGCAAUCAAAAACAGAUAAAAUGAAUUAUUAAAGUAAAUGAAAGCAGCUGUUAAAGGAAGCUCAGUAGAGAACUGAAUGAAUUUUCCAUUAAAACAAACUUAAAUUGCACGCCGCUGAGGAGGCAUGUAGAAGAAAAGUGCAGGAGAAGGGGCGGCAAAUGGGAAUGCGAUGGCAAACCACAACAUGUGAAAAGUGUUUUUCCUAUUUUUCUUUUCUUCAUUUCCACUUUAUGUGACGGCAUUGCAUACCUUGAGGCGUGUGCAAGAACAAGCAGUUUACCAAAAAAAAGGAAAAAAAAAAACAAUAACAACACCGCUCGACGCACGCGUCUACCUACCGCUCGCUCACGUCUCUGCUGCAUUGACGAAAUUGAUUGCUAAACGCUGCACGUGCUGGCAGUUGCGAAGCUAAAGAGAGCA